GAACAGACAACGUGAGCAGACGAAGUUAAACAUACUGUACUGUUUACUUCCUUUUUUUCCUGAUGGCUGGAAAUAAUGCAGCACCCACCACAUCACGCACAACCUCAGUGGAGCUGGAUGCAGAGCACUCACAGAAAGUCCCUGGAGCUGAACAGGGAGGGGUGCCAACGCCCCAGGUGAAGCUGAAAGAGAGACAGAAGUUCUUUGAGGAGGCAUUUCAACAAGACAUGGAGCAGUACCUGUCUACGGGUUACCUGCAGAUCACCGAGAGGAGAGAGCCAAUAGGCAGCAUGUCAUCCAUGGAGGUGAACGUGGACAUGCUGGAGCAGAUGGAUCUGAUGGACAUGUCUGAUCAUGAGGCUUUGGAUGUGUUCCUGCACUCUGGGGGAGAGGACAACAGCGCCGCCUCACCCGUCACAGGUCCAGAUGUGGAGUCCUUUACAACCGAGAUCAGCCUACAGGUUCCCACCCAGGCCGAACUCCGACACAAGCUUUCAUCGUUGUCAUCCACCUGCACAGAUUCAGCCAGCCAGGACACUGAGGCCGGGGAGGAUGAUGAGGAGGAGGAGGAGGCAGAGCAGGGAGGAGGGGGUGUUGUAGGAGGAGGAAGGAGAAGAAAGGCCCCUGUAGUAGUGACCCUGGAUGAAGAGGAGGUCCAUCCAGACACUGCACUAGUAGAGAGAGAGGAUGAUCAGAGCAAUCGAGACUGUGAGGAGAGGAGGCAGAAGGUUUGAGGAAAGUUGGACUCGGUUUGAAGGGUAAACCCUCACAGCUGCCAAAUCAAACUUAGAUAUAUAUUCUAUUCUAUGGCUCUUUUUCCCAAGAAAAUGUUCAUUUCCUGCACAAGGUAACACUGAGGUUGCACUAACUGCCACAUAAACUUGCCUUAAGAGACCAGUUCAAUCUGAUUUAAUAUUUUUAAAGAGGUUUUUGCCCCCCAUCCAAAAAAUACUCAGUACAAACUGAAAUGGUUCAGGCUAUUUCAGAGAACCGAAUCAACAAGUUGUUGGAAUUUCAAUGCAUAAACUUUUUAACUAUUGCAUACCUUGUUUUAGUAAAUCAAUUAGAAAACUCCUACAGACUAAAGACCAGAAGAUUUAAAGAAAAAAAUCAAUCUCCAUCACAUAAAUGCCAUCUACUAAACGAUAUCUCUACUGUCAGAGUAUGUGCUCAGUAUUCCGUCUGGGUAUAUUUUGCACCAAUUAUUGUAUCAGUGGCAUGGAUGGAGAUUCGUCUGGGGGAUUUAGAAGAUCCUUUUAAAGUUGCAAUUUAUAAAUGUUCUGCUGCAGUUUUUCCUUCCACUAAAUGUUAUUUGCUUGGAUCCAGCACUAUUUAAACCAUUACCAUAUCUAUCAAUUAUAUUGAGAGAGACAGAGAGGGAGGGGGGUUGGUUGGGGGUCAAAACAUUUCUGUGUGAAAUACAGGUUUGUAUUGGUCUUAUCUAAUAUUACAAUCUUCAGAAGUUCUAUUUUGGGUUUUCAUUAGCUGUAAAUAAUAGUGAGGACAGUAGUAAACAAAAUUAAUAUCUCUCUAAAGGAAACUAUAUUAUAGUUCAACAUAAUACUAAUUUUU